GUGCGCGUUCGGCCUCGAAGAAUUAAGAGCCAAGUGAGCUGCCGUCCUCCUCCUCCUCCUCCUCGGUCACGUGAGCGCGGGUCAGCUGACUUUGCGGAAGAGGCUUCAGCGGGCGGCAAAAUGGAGGGAGCCCUGGAGCAUCACUUAGAAGAUACGAUGAAGAAUCCCUCCAUCGCAGGAGUCCUCUGCACCGACUCCCAGGGGCUCAAUCUGGGCUGUCGUGGCACCCUCUCAGAUGAACAUGCAGGGGUGAUAUCUGUUCUAGCCCAGCAGGCAGCCAAAUUAACAAAUGAUCCAACAGAUAUUCCUGUAGUGUGUCUUGAGUCAGACACUGGAAAUAUCAUGAUCCAGAAGCAUGAUGGCAUCACAGUGGCAGUACACAAAAUGGCUUCUUAACCUGAACAUUCAGAACACUCAUUGUUCUUCAGCAACUCACCUGUGUGGAACACAUUUUUGCAGAUUACAAGGGAUUGGCUAUUCAGUGUCACUUGGCUGGAUCAGACUGUAAAUAUUCUCCUUGCAUAAGUUGGUCAAGAAACUUCUGAACUUCUGCCAUUUCGUACUGUCACAAGUGGAAAUUGUUUAUGUUUUGUAGCUGGAGGCAGCAUAUUGACAGAUUGUCCAGUUACCAACCCCACCUCCUAAUUAAUUAAUAAAUAAAAAUGCUGCUUUCCCUGGGCAGUGUGACUAAA